ACUCUUCCAUGCACAAACCAGUUUUCAUAACCUUCUUCAAUAUUUGGUCCCAAUAUGCAUUUAAUCAUUUAGUCCUUUUUGUUUCUCUACUGAUAGUCUGUUCUUCUUUGCCUUCUCUUUUCUGUCUCCCGUUUAUGGCUCCAAUUUUCUCUCUGUUUCUUUCUUUCGUCAUGCUUUCAUGGAGCAUUGCUCAGGGACAGGGUCCACCUUCCCCAGGAUACUCCCCCUCCACCAGUGUUCGUACUGUGAAAUUUGAUCAAGUUUUUAGAAAUCUAUGGGGUCCUCAGCAUCAGAGAGCCGAUCAGGAUUCAAUAACUAUCUGGCUUGAUAAAACCUCAGGAAGUGGUUUCAAGUCAAUUCAGCCAUACCAAUCUGGUUACUUUGGUGCUGCCAUGAAACUCCAACCUGGUUAUACAGCAGGAGUCAUUACAUCUUUCUACCUUUCAAACAACGAAGAUCACCCCGGAAACCAUGAUGAAAUUGAUAUUGAGUUCCUCGGAACAACACCAGAUGAGCUCUACACUUUGCAGACUAAUGUGUAUAUUAAAGGAAGUGGCGAUGGAAAUAUAAUUGGAAGGGAAAUGAAAUUUCAUCUAUGGUUUGAUCCUACGCAAGACUUCCACAACUAUGCUGCACUGUGGACCCCUAGUGAGAUUAUAUUUUUCGUAGACGAUGUGCCAAUUAGGAGGUACACAAGGAAGAGUGAAGCCACAUUUCCAACAAGACCGAUGUGGGUGUAUGGAUCAAUAUGGGAUGCAUCAACUUGGGCCACCGAUAAUGGGAGAUACAAAGCUAAUUAUAACUACCAACCCUUUGUUGGUAAGUAUACAAACUUCAAAAUCAGUGGCUGUAUAGCCGGUGGCCCUGCGUCAUGCCGCCCGCCCUCGGUCUCUCCAUCCGACACUGGUAGCCUUAGUCAACAACAACUUGCGGCCAUGAAUUGGGUCCAAAGGAACUAUUUGGUGUAUGACUAUUGCCAGGACCCCAAGAGGGAUCAUGGUCAGAUACCCGAGUGCUAAAUUAAGAACUGGAUAUUUAAAUUUUUUUAUAAAGAUGCAAAUUUGUGAUCAGUGUUAAAUUGGGUGCUGAGAUGGGUCCUGCUUGCCAAGAACAGGUGCAAGAGUGAUGAAGUGUCCAAAGUCUUCGAAGAUUUACACGUUGUUUGUUGUUUUUGUCAAUUUGUGCUGUUUUUGGUGUUAGUGUUUUGGAUUGUGGGUUGGAAUAAAAAUAUGAUUGUGAAA